AUUUUUUUCUUUGGCUAAAAUAUGAAUGAAGUUUCUGAUACUACCUCUAGUUCCUCUGGUGACUCAACAACUCGAAAAUCAUGUUUGCGUCAACGGUAUUUAGUGACUUUCAUGAUUCUACUAAUGACAAUCAACUUGUUUGCAAACCGUUCGCUUAUCGGCGAGACUUUGGGUUAUUUCGCUGUGAUAAGACACAAAACUAAUCACAGUUUAUUCCUAAAUCAGUGUGUGGAAUUGCAACGAGACGCUGUGAAAAAAUCACCAAAUAAUUUCACCAAAAUCCUCACAAUUGACAGUGAUACAAGCAAGAGCAUCCAAGGCAUAUUCUUCAUCAGCUACUUGAUUACCCACUUUCCAUCAGGGAUUUACUCAGAUAGUCGCAACCCAAAACACUUAAUUUCAUUUUUGACAAUCGCAUGUUCGCUUAUCAAUUUUUCAAGUCCGUCGCUUAUCAAAGUGACAAAAGGCAACGUAAAUGUGAUGAGACUUGUGACUGUACUUUUGGGCGCAUUUCAGGGGAUUUUUUUCCCCGCGACGGCGACUGUGGUGGCCCAUUGGGCCCCCACGCGGGAGCGAGCUGCCCUAACAUCGAUUACAGUCGCUGGGUUGUUUUUUGGGCUUAGUACGGGGGCUAUUGGUACUAAGUUUAUUGUGCAAUCAUCGGGGGAUUGGACAACGCCGUUUUAUGUUUUCGGGGCUAUUGGGAUUAUUUUGACCCUGGUUUGGGAGCUCUGGGUGUUUCCAAAUCCUCACAAGGAUCCAAGGAUUACACCGGAAGAGAAACAGUACUUGGAUCAGGAGAUGCACGAGAUCAUCGACCACAGACGCAAGAGCAUCCCCUACGUCGCCAUAAUCACCUCCUUCCAAGUCUGGAUCAUGAUACUUGCCCAUAUUUCCAACCGUUUCGUCUGGAAUAUCACCGGUGUGUCGCUUCCAGACUACAUGCAAGAUGUUCUUAAAUACAGUCACGACCAAAGUAAACUAAUGUCGUCACUACCUUUACUCCCAAUGGCUGUGACUUUGAUCAUUUUGGGUUAUUUCUCCGAUUGGAUCACUCGAAACGGUCAUGUAAAUGUGUUAACAAUGCGAAAGCUUUUCUCAAGUAUUGGAAUAAUGGGGCCUCCGAUUUACAUGUUAACCGGGUCGUAUGCCGGUUGUAACCGUUUUGGUGCAGUGGUUAUGCUUGUAAUCGGUGUAUGCCUCAUGGGUUUCUCCUUCCUGGGUCUCUAUUUACUACCAAUGGAUUUGUCCCCCAAUUAUACCGGGUUUUUAACCAGUUUCACAAAUGGUGUGGGAAGUCUUGCUGGGUAUUUUGUCAAGAAAAUGUCAACAUGGCUGGUCCCUGACAAAACGAUUCUUCAAUACAGACAUCUGUUUUGGGUAUCGCUGUUAAUAGCUGUAAUCGUAAAUACAGUCUAUGUGAUGUUUGGUACUACCAAACUGCAAUCUUGGAACAGACCAUUAGUAAAAAGAAAAUAAAAUUUUCA